AAAGAAAGGAAAUCUCCACACACCCUGGAGAACCUCGAAUCUUUUGCUCUGCUCUUUGUAUUGAAACGGCGGUAUAUUGCCUGUUGAGUUCUCUGGCGACUGUGUGAUGCAUGUGUGUACCUCGGUCUACAGUUCAUUAGCGGAUUGCUCCGCACUGUUUCUGAUGGAUACUGUCACAUGAGGUGUGAUGUCAUACGGGACGAGCGCGCGGCAGAGACAGCAGCUCUAGUAAGGUUGCAGUCAUCAAUUGAACAGGAGCGGACAAGAGAAAUCAACGCAUUGCGCACAGAUAUCAUUUGCUGCCGUUUUAAAACAUCGGAAUUUUUAUCUUUAAUUGUCAGCUUUUAAUAGGUGGAAGACUCUUAUAUUUUCUCCUUUGGCAACUCUGCAAAUCUUAUGGGCGAUGGACAGCAGCGUGGUGCAGAUUUUCAAGGAGGACAAAUGCCCCUCUGCUCACCCCCAGAAGUGUUUACCCAACUUUACAUGGCAGUCUGCUGUCUCGGACAUAUACAACUACACACUAAAUGAAAGCUGGACGAACGAGCAGGAAACCAUGUCCCCUAUUAUUUCGAUCAUCACUGCCGUGUACUCCGUAGUGUUUGUUGUAGGAUUAGUGGGGAACUGCCUUGUGAUGUAUGUCAUUAUCAGAUACACUAAAAUGAAAACUGCCACCAACAUCUACAUCUUCAACCUCGCUGUUGCCGAUGCCUUGGUAACCACCACCAUGCCCUUUCAGAGCACAGAUUACCUACUUAACUCGUGGCCGUUUGGAGAGGUGGUGUGCAAGGUUUUCAUCUCCAUCGACUAUUAUAAUAUGUUUACUAGUAUUUUCACCCUAACCAUGAUGAGUGUGGACCGCUAUGUGGCGGUCUGUCACCCCGUGAAGGCCCUGGACUUCCGCACACCAGUGAAAGCCAAGAUCAUCAACAUCCUCAUCUGGGUGCUGUCUUCAGCUGCUGGGAUCCCUGCAAUGGUGCUUGGGAGCACUCAGACAAACAAUGGCACUACAGAGUGUGCUCUGCAGUUUCCAGACCCCUACAUCUACUGGGAUACAUUGAUGAAAAUCUGCGUCUUUAUCUUUGCAUUUGUGGCUCCUCUUCUCAUCAUCACCGUGUGCUACACACUGAUGGUCCUGCGACUUAAGAGCGUACGUCUGCUGUCGGGUUCGCGGGAAAAAGACCGCAACCUAAGACGCAUCACCCGCCUGGUGCUAGUUGUGGUUGCUGUGUUUGUGGUCUGCUGGACUCCCAUACACAUCUUCAUCUUGGUCAAAGCUCUUGCUCCUGGCGUGCCAGAGACAACAGCAGUUAUGGCUGCCUACUUCUUCUGUGUGGCACUGGGCUACACCAAUAGCAGCCUCAACCCCAUCCUCUAUGCUUUUCUUGAUGAGAACUUCAAGAGAUGCUUCAGGGACUUCUGCUGCCCAGGCCGGACCGCAGGGGACAGGCAUGGCGUUAGCCGGGUCAGGAGCACUCUACGAGAACAUACGUCCCCAGCAGAGGGCAAAGGGGAGGGAGGCCAUGGUAGACCUGUAUGACUAGCCGUGGAGCUGACCUCCUUUCAUGGUCAUGAAGACUCAAAUGACCUGGGACUGACACAGAUCACCACUGCCAUCUAAGGAGGGACCACUUUAGUGUGACCAUCUCCUUUAUGUCAGAAACUCAGAGGGUAAAAAGGGGCUAACUUCUCUAUUGCCAGAGCAAAGAGUAAUGCUUUAGCAAAAUUAUUGUUUUGUCUUGUACAAUUUAAACUGUAAUUAUUAGCCAUAUUGAAAUGUUCUUAUCUGAUGAUUAUCACCCCAUAUUCAAGUCUUUGUUUAUUGAUUUCUAAAAUGUCACAUUUGAGAGUCAUUGACCAAAGAUGUGAUAAAAGUCCUUGUUCCUUAUAGUGGAAUCUCAUGUUGAAAGUCUCAAGUAUA